AUGAUCCCUACCACGACAGAUGACUACACCAGCCUGCUCGAUUUCAAUUUUGACCUGGCCGAAUUCGAUAGCGGCAGUUCCGGUGAUCGCCAGAACCAGAAUAUAUGCACCACUGCGCCGCCGCUUGUCUCCACGACCGGAAUGCAGGAUAUCAGCGGAUUGACCUCGAUGGAACAUACCAGCACCAGCCAGCCGCUACAGGAACAGCAACAACAGCAUUAUCCUGCCUCCGUCACAAUGCCAGGCAGCGAGCCGGUCACUCCAAUGGACAUGCAGGGUCCUAAUCCGAUGCAGUCUCAACCACACUACUACAUGAAACAGCAGCAAUCACAGAACGCUUACGGCACAGGCUACGGACAACGCCAGUCCUUUGUUCCGCCCACUCCGGAUAGCGCUGAUAUGCACAACGGAUCACAAAACUACAGCCUUCGACUCGAAACCGGACACCAGCGAGGCUACGAACCAUUUACAAGAGGAAUGGAGGACCAGAGCUCAUUUACUCCGCUCAUCUCGCCAGCCAUGACCCCAUUGGAACAUCAACUAAGAUUCCCUGAAUACACGACUCCGGGAGAGUAUCUUAGCCCGCUUACGUCUCCAGCUCUGGAGGCACGACAAUCCAACGGCGCUGGCUUCAACUUCCCCAAUGGCUCGCACAUGGACUACAGCGCUAUGCUAUCAUCGCCAACUGAAAUAGGGCAUCAUCCUGCAACUUCCAGCGCAUUAACAAAUUCGCCAAAACUUAUCCAGAAACAACGACGCAAAUCUCAGGCCUCCAGACUAUCACGACAGUCUCCCUCUGUUAGGCCCCUCAAUGGACGGUCACGACCACAGACCGAAGCUGAAGCUCGUGCGCGAGCGAAAAAGCUCUCCGCCCAGGCCGCUGCCAACAGGACCUCAAAUUCACGCAACUCCAGCAGCAAUGAAGGAUCUGGCCUAGAUUCCGUUUCGCCUGAGCCACUUACGGAGCCAUUGAUGCCACCGCCCGCAUUACCCAGAUCUGGAAAGUCACCGUAUAUGGGCGCACAGGAUCAAACCACAUCGAUGAACGAAGUAGCCACUCCAGCCACUCUAAUGAAGCUACAGAAACAGCAAAUCUCUCCUGGGAUGGAUGGAGAGUUCUCCAGAAACGGUACUGUCAUCGUUGGGUCGGCUCCUGAGGAACAGAUGGAGGAUAUAUCGCUCCCAGAAUCAGCCUCGUUUCACACAAUGCCAAGUGGCGAGAGCACACCAACACUACACGCCAAACCCUCACAGAUACUUAAACCGCGCAUCGAAUCGAUAUCGGAACUAAAAGGAGCAACCUCCGUUACCCCAAGCCCGAUAAUAAAAGCAAAAGGUUCUCCCAGCGGCCCGGUUGGCCUAAAACGAUCCGACUCCAAACAAAGUUCUAGAGUGACAAAGAAACGCCAGGGAAUGAGCGCUGCUCAGAGCCCGGCAUUGAGACCAAAAAUAAGUCCUAGUGUAUCUAGUGAAAUCUCCGCUCUACAUCUUGCCUCAAAAUCAAACUACCAGCAUAUCCUUGAAGGUACUCUCCUACCGGGAGUAACGUACCCAGAAGCUCUUGCCGAAAAUUUAAGCUCGAAACGAACAAAUCACAAACUUGCCGAACAAGGGCGCCGAAAUCGCAUAAAUUCCGCCCUUAAGGAGAUCGAAAGCCUGCUGCCGAUUUCAUUGACACAUAGAGCCAAAGAAAAGGAACAAAAUAAGGACUUUGCUGAUGGUGGCUCGACUGGGAAUUCUAAGAUCCCCGAUAAACCUCCGACGAACCAGCCCAUCAGCAAAGCAAGCACCGUCGAAAUGGCCAUUGUUUAUAUCAAAGCCUUGCAGCAAGAGCUGGCAGAAACAAAGGCUAAACUGCAAUUAGCAGAAUCGAAAUUCUGCAAUAUCUCUCCUGACCUGGCCCCUGCACCUAUUCCCGUCUCUGCCUCUAGCUCCGAGCCGAACCCUGUGAAGACACCUAAGGCCCAAGGCGAGAACCAAGAUACCAUCAUAAACGAAAACCCCACCCCAGGCGCAGCUCCUAUAACCGCUGUAACUGAUACCACCCCAGAAUCGAAAUAA